AUGAAACUGUCUCACCUUAUUGCUCUUGUCAUGGCCGUCAUGGGCUCUCUGAUGAGGGUCGCUCACUGUGGUGGCCCCAAGAGAGGCCCAUUCGGACGUGGUCGCUCAAGCCCAGACGCCAUCGAGUACAUGUCGGCCGACCCCAGCCCUGCGUUAAGCGACACGAUGGGCAUCUGCCAUCCCGAAGGAUAUAUCGAAGCCGGCACUGCAAUACAGAGCAUCGACGACAAGCUAGACAAGCUAGACAAGCUAGACAAGCUAGACAAGCUAGACAAGCUAGACAGGCUAGACAGGCUAGACAGGCUAGACAGGCUAGACAGGCUAGACAUGCUAGACAAGCUAGACAAGCUAGACAAGCUAGACAAGCUAGACAAGCUAGACAAGCUCUCUGCCAUGGUCGAAAGCUUCCAGCGCGACAACAGCCAAACCGACAACACCGACCCCUAG